CUGUACAAUGCUGAUUGGAUUAUGAUUCGCCACAGGACAACCUGUUGUUACGCACUUCUGACACAAGCAUGGCUAUGGUGAAAAUUUGACAAAGAUUGAAUAAACGAAAUUAAAAAGCGGCAUCGCUUCGUGGAAGGAAGCAACAGUAGUUAUCGGAUCCAUCAAAGGGCUGGAUCCAUUCGAGGCCCCUCUCCAGAGAUUUCCUUUGACACUCUGGUAGGUCAUUGUCUUUGCGACCGCUUCCAUUGCGCAUUGCCCACCGGUUCUCUUGGGGGCAGGGGUCUGGUGGGUUCUUGCCACUCGCAAAAUCGACGAAAUCGGGCAAUGUGGGCUCCUAGAUUCUGGCAUUGGGUUCCUGGAACUGGUUCCAGACUCCAAAACACAGAUUUGAGCUGCCCGGAUCUGUGAAUGACUGUCGAGUUUCGAGAGAGAUGACCGUACAGAGGCUGGAUCCCGGCUCGCCCGAUUCGAGUGGAUAUGGCCACGAUGGGAUCUCUGCGCCAGUAAGCAAUGCCAAGCUCCUCCAUCACAAGAGGCUGGUUUUAGUCUGGGCUUUGAUGGUUCUUCUUCCUCUGGCGCUCGUGAGGCUGUCACUCUUCCAUGUCUACCCGGAGCGCAUGGGAGGGGAUCGAAAUCUCUCGGCGGAGCUCCAGCAAAUGAUCCAGUCCGUGAAUCUCAGCGCACUUCCUUCGCAUCGAUCAGGAGGCUGUGAUCUCCUCCAGGGCGAAUGGAUCCCUGACGAGGUCGGGCCAACGUACUCGAACGAGACAUGUAAUCACAUCCAAGGACACCAGAAUUGUUUGAAGAAUGGUCGGCCAGACAACGGGUAUAUGUUUUGGAGAUGGAAGCCAGAUGACUGCGAGUUGCCUCGAUUCAACACUACGCUCUUCAUCGAGCUCAUGAGAGGGAAGCUCAUGGCAUUUGUCGGUGAUUCCAUCGCUCGAAACCAUAUGCAAGCACUGCUUUGCACGCUCUCUCAGAUCGAGAAGCCGAUCAAGACAUACACCGAUGAGGGAGAUAGGCACGUAAGAUGGUGGUUCCCAUCAAACAAUUUCACCGUGUCCACAUUCUGGUCGCCAUACCUCGCCUUCCAGACCGACGACGAAUCCCACGGCAUCGAAAAGGGCCACAGCAAGCUCUUCCUGGACAAGCUCGACCCCGUCUGGCUCGCAAACAUCACCCAAUUCGACGUCCUCAUCCUCUCCUCGGGGCAGUGGUUCUUCAAGAACAACCUCUUCUUCCAAAACAACACGCUCAUCGGCUGCCACCACUGCCCCGGAUUCAACAUCACAAAUCUGGGCUUCUACUUCGCGUAUCGCGAGAUCCUCAAACACGUCCUGGUCGAGCUCCCAAAACUCCAGGGAUUCAAAGGCCUGGCCAUCCUCCGGAGCUUCUCCCCCGACCACUUCGAGGAUGGACGGUGGGAUAACGGCGGGAGCUGCAAGAGGACUGUGCCGUUCCAUCCCAACCGCACGAUCCCAACGGACAGUUUGACGUUCGAGAUGCACAGGAUCCAACGGGAGGUGUAUGACUGUCUGGAGCGGCCCGACCGGGUGGCCAUGGUGGACGUAACACAGAUAUCGUACCUCCGACCGGAUGGCCACCCCGGGCCGUACAGGAACUUCCAGCCUUUCUCCAAGGAGUUUGUGGGCCACGUCCAGAACGACUGCCUGCAUUGGUGUAUCCCUGGGCCGGUGGAUACUUGGAACGAUAUGGUGCUAGAAACCAUGCGACAACGGUUAAUUUGAAGUAAUGGAGAAAAGAGAGAGCUGUGUUUGUUGAGAUGGUAAAGUACUGAGUAGCGAAUAUGCCUAGAAUAUUUAAGAAUUUUAAGUAUAUUCUCUAAUUCAA